AUGCUUUACUAUGCCCCAUCGCCUACCGAUGCUUCAUCAUCCUCCAUCGCCCGCCGAUGCUUCCUUUUACUCCAUCGCCCACCGGUGCUUAAGCAUCCCCCCAUCGCCUACCGAUGCUUCAUUAUGAUUGACCAUCCUCUAUCGCCCGCCGAUAACUGUUCAUCUCCCAUCGCCCAUCGCCCACCGAUGAUUGAUCAUGCCGGAUCGGUAUAUGCGCAAUGGCUGAGCCUUAAAGUGGAUUACGCUUUCGUGGGGUUUCUCUCUCUCAGCGUUGAACUCUGCUCUUCUCACCUCAGAUGCUCGCGCAGCUAUCUGCAUCGAGAAGGUGCCUCCUUGGUUCCACGUCUACGUAAUCCAAGCACGGCACGAAAACGAGCGCGUCACCUGUCUUCCACCUACCUUAUUCCCGUUGCCUCUGACGUUGUGCGCAUUCUGCAUGUCUUUUCCAAGAAGCUUCCCAAAGGUGCUGGCACUCGUAUCGGGACUCUAGUUCGCGUAGCCUUUCUCGAGACGAGUCGCAUCGUGAGGGAUGUGUUCUUCUUUGCCACUGCUAAUGAUGCUGCGCUUGCGCGGGUUCUGUCAAUGAGACUCGGCCAUGCCAGAAUUUUGCGUCGCAAAGGCAACGGCUCCCUGGGCUGGCUUGCUGCGGAGGCAGGUCGGAAAUCGGGAGUCGAAAAUCAGCAAUCGAGAGUCGGGAGUGAAAUCCGCGUCAAGGAUAACGAAGACGUACAGAUUGGAGUCAAAGGGAUGAAGAAGGACAUGUCUACCUUUCGACUACAUGACCGCGUUCUCUAUGCGCUUGCUUCCGCCGGUCGAAUGUUCACGGCUUGGCGCUUGGAUAUAUAA